AAAAUGUAUGAAUCUGAAAAAAACUGCUUUCGAUUUCUGAAGAGCUCUGCAUGGCUUCCUCCGGGAGAAACAAUUUUUAUGUGCGGGCAGUCAAUUGCACCUAUGCAUCGAGGAAACCUAGCUAUGUUAUAAAAGGAUUGCUUUGCUUUGGCAAGAGCCUCAGGAGUGUCCGGUAUUUUUAUGUAAUUACUUCUUUUACUCGCUAGUACUUUCGAGACUCUUCGGACUGUUUUGGAUGCAGUUGAUUUGGA